AUGGCUUCAUCAGAAUGUCCUACUGAUCGAAACUUCAUUGUAGUGGAUUUCCACUACAAUGGAAUGUUUGCACCCAACCCAUUAAAGCUCACCAGAACUAGAAGUAAAGACAUCUACUUCUACCUUCCACAAGAGUCUUUAAGUCAGGGAAUUCAUACACUGGUUUAUGACGGUGAUUACAAAGAAAUUUUGGAUUUGGCUUAUGCAAAUGAGAGGAGAAUGAAUGUGUAUGUGGACCACUAUAAUGAACCAAUAUUUGAAUGGAUUGAGGAAAAGGAAAAUGAAGAUCAAGACUACAGCUGUGAAGAGGAUGAAGACUCAAUUUUGUCGGACACUUAUUCUAUUGACCAUGAAGAAGAUGAUGUUGAAUAUCCAUUCCCAGCCAACAAAACCAUGGGUGAUAGGUUCUUAUACAAACUUUGUAUACAUACAUUAAAUGUACAUGAUCUAUAUGAAGAUGUUGAAUAUGUUCAACCUCAAUACCCUGUACAUGAUGAAUAG